GCGGAGUCCAGCCAUGGUCCCCACUGACGUGCGCCCCCUGCCCUGUCUCUUCCAGCUGGUGCAGUUCCCCGAAGUGAAGGGUGCGUCCCACCCACCUGCCAGCGCCAUGGACGUGUUCAACCGGAACAUUGACUUCAACGCGCUCUUCAAGUUUUCCCACAUCUCUGCCUCCACCCAGCAGCACCUGAAGAGGGUCUAUGCCAGCUUUGCUCUCUGCAUGUUUGUGGCAGCGACCGGAGCCUACAUCAAUGUGGUGACCCAUCUGCUCCGGUUCAGCCUGCUCUCGGGCCUGGGCUCCCUGGCACUGCUGAUCUGGCUGAUGGCCACGCCCCACAGCAGGGAGACGGAGCAGAAGAGGCUGGGGAUUCUGGCUGGCUUUGCCUUCCUGACGGGAGCCAACCUAUGUCCUCUCCUGGAAAUGUGCAUCGUCAUCAACCCCAGCAUCAUCCCCACCGCCUUUCUGGGCACCGCUGUGAUCUUCAGCUGUUUCUCACUGAGCGCCCUCUACGCCAGGCGUCGCAGCUUCCUGUACCUGGGGGGCUUCCUGCUCUCUGGCCUCUUCCUAAUGCUGCUCUUCUCCUUGAUCAACGUCUUCGUGGGGUCCACUUGGCUGUUCACAGCUAACCUGUACCUCGGGCUGAUGGUCAUGUGUGGGUUCGUCCUCUUCGACACCCAGCUCAUCAUUGAGAAGGCGGAGAGCGGGGACAAGGAUUACAUCUGGCACUGUGUGGAUCUCUUCCUGGAUUUCAUCAACAUCUUUCGGGAGCUCAUGAUGCUGCUGGGGAUGAACGAGAACAAGAAGAAGAAGGAGAAGUGAAGCGACGCCAGGUGCCGGUUGGGUGGAGCCCCCAUCCCCCUCAUCCCCUGCCCCUGACCCAUUAAAGGGGCUGCGCUCUGCCAGCCACAGGCAGCCACUCGCUUUCCUAUUUUGUGGGUUGUUUUCUCUUGUUUGAGCUUUUUUUUUAAUUAGAAACCAGCUGAUUAGCAGCUCCUCCUCCUGGAGUUUGGUUUCCUCUUCCUGCCCCCCCCGCUUGCUCCUGGGGAGGCCUGGGCCAGCCACAUGCAGGCACCCCCCGCCCCCCAGCUCCACGGGCUGAAUCUUUCCAGGGGUUGGGGCCUUCCAAGGCGUCUCACCCCAGUAGUGAGAGCAGGGCCAGGGGCCUGGCUGUACAGCGCUCUGCCUAGAGCUGCCACCCCCAGAUCCUAAGAGCCCAGACGCCUCCAUCUUGCAGCAGCCCUGCUGCCCCCCCCCCCGGCCUUUCAUUCAGCCACGGCCAGAGUGUCUGGCGGGUUCGCCCUGGUCCUAGCCCGCAGUGGGCCCCUGUUCCCGGGAGCUGCAUGCCCAGCAACGUCUGGAUCCGCUUUGGUUCCAGCUCCGGGGGAUGGGGGGCUUUGGCUGGCCCUGCCAGGGGCUCCCCUCCCGUUUGUAUAACGAGUCCCCCCCGGCUGUCCCUGCCCCAGCAGAGAGAUUGCUCACCUCCCCCACGUGGGACCAGCCAGGCAGCAGGCCGAGGAGCUCCCCGGCUAGGCUCCGUCUGGAACACGGCCCGUCCGCGGGGCUCUCAUGUAACAUCCCCUGGUCUCCAGCGCCUCGCUCUGCAAUGGACGGUCUCCCCUCUCCCUGUCACGAGGCUACUGAUUCAUCCCCCAGCUGGGAACCCCAGAUGUUUUUCUGAAGCUCCAUGUUUCUCCUUGGCUGACGGGCCCUUUUCCUCUCCCCUGAGGCCAAACUCCACCUCUGCUUGCUCGGGAUAAAGGAGUCGCGCGCGCUCGCUCGCUCUAGAACCAGUGCCAAGAAUCACAAUGUAAGAAAUAAUCUACUUUUAAAGAGACGUCUAACAGGUUUUAAUACCGUAACAAGUGUAAUUAUUUUCUGUUUCAUCAGUUGACAGCCCUGGCUGCGUUAUAUAACUCAUACUGUGAAGACAAAGGUGUUUUGAUUCAGAAAUAUGAAAUCUCCAUAGUCUUACUUUGUACAAAAAAAUAAAUAAAAGUCCUCAAACUUUAACCUUUA